AUGUCCUAUUCUUCUCCUGCAGUUGUUAUCGACAACGGCUCGCAGACUACCAGGGCAGGUUUUGCAUCUGCAGACUUACCAUCCUUGGUGUACUCUUCCACUUACCUGAUAGACCCUAGCGACCCCAAGAAAGUUAUUAUUGGAGAUGAUGAAAGAGAUAGUAACCCACAGAAUGAAGUCAUGACACUCAUUGAUAACGGGUUAGUAUACAAUUGGGAUAACAUUAUCCAUAAUUGGCAAUAUGCCUACGAUAACUUGGAUGCUUCAAGUCCCAUUGACCCCAAGGAAUUUCCAUUGAUGCUCACCGAACAACCUUGGAAUACCGACAAGAACAAACUUGCGGCUACACAGCUUGCAUUUGAAACUUUACAAGUUCCAAUCUUUUCUCUUGUAAAAACACCCUUGGCUCAAUUAUAUCACCAAGGGAAAUCCAGUGGACUUGUUGUUGACUUAGGCUCUGGAAUAACCAGUGUGACCCCAAUUUUAGAUGGUAUAGUCCAGUCUAAGGCCUCGUUCCAUUCCAAAUAUGCAGGUGAUUUCAUCAGUUUACAUUGUUUGAACUACUUGAGCCAGCAAGUGCCAUCCUUGGACUAUUUAUUACCUAAGCCAUUCGUAAACAACCCAACUGCUCAAUUAUCAGCUUCAUUUAAGAACUUCCAGGUCACCAAUAGAGUUGUGGAAGAUUUCAAGUAUUCCAUGUUAAGUGUUUCAGAAUUCCCUGCUAACAAUCCAGCGGCUCAUGCUGCCUUACAAAUCCAGUCGAAAAACUUCUACUUGCCCUACGGUAAGACUAUACCAGUGGCCAAUGAGCAAGUGAAUUUAUUGGAACCUUUGUUCCAGCCAUCUGCAUAUCCAUUGCCUAAUAUGACUUUGCCGCAACCAAUUUUCGAUAAACCAUCCACCCAAGGGUUGACCCAUUUAAUCUUAUCUUCAUUAAAGGCUCUUGAAGCAUCAAUAAUUCCACAGGCAAUCCUUGAGAAUACAGCAAACACCUCUGCCAAUAGUAGUCACCACGCUAGAUUUAAUGAUAUAUUGAGAGAAUUGUUGACAAACUUGUUGAUAACUGGUGGGGGAUCGUUGUCAGCUGGAAUAACUCCAAGAAUUAUAGAUAGCGUCUACAAGUCUUUGCAUCAGUACUUCCCAAACUAUUUAUUCACCCAACCUGGCCAUUUACAUAUUGCUACCAUUCAACCUGCUUCAAUAAAUAACCUUGACUGGGAUAAGAAGUUUGGUUCUUGGUUAGGUGCAUGCAACUUGGCCAGUAUGUUAAAUGGAACCGGUAGUAGCGGCAACCAGGAAGAUAAUAGUGUCAAUAUUGCUUUAGAUAACUGGUACGUUACGAAGAGCGACUAUGAGGAGUUGGGAGAAGAUUUGAUAUUAGAAAAGUUUAAAUAA